CUUGGCUGAGCGACAGAUUCAAACGGGGAGGAGUCUGACGCCGAGUUCAACUCAGGACGGACUGAAGGACAAACAAGAAGGAGGAUUUGUGAGAGGAAAGGAGGAAUAAUAUACUUAUUUUUUUACUUCUUCUCGACUGGAAGAUGUCUUCCGCCACCUUGGUCGCCCGUCGGGUCCUCGCCGCUGCUGCGUCACAUGGAGCUGAGGAGGCAGGAGCUAAAACCUGGAAGAUCCUGACAUUUGUUCUGGCUUUUCCCGGCGUGGGCGUCUGCAUGGCCAACGCCUACAUGAAGAUGCAGGCUCACGGCGACCAUCAGCCGGAGUUUUUGCCCUAUUCCCACCUUCGCAUCCGCACCAAGAAAUUUCCUUGGGGUGACGGCAACCACAGCCUGUUCCACAACGGGCACACCAACGCUCUUCCCGACGGCUACGAGAGCUCGGAGCACUGAGAGCAUCACUCCCUGGACCAACAGGAGCAGCCCUGUCAUCAACAGGGAAUAAAACCACUUUGUUCUGUGUGAAAA